AUGCGAUUAAUUGAACUUCCUGAUAGCAUCUUUGAAACAUUAGUAAAUUGGAAGUUUGCUGUCUGAGCCUUAUCAAUGGAUGCACUGCUGCUCUCAUGCUUAUUGCUCCCAUCGUUUUUUUCAUCAGGCUUGAUUCCUACAGUCUACUUGAUCAAAACAAAUUUAUCAAUUGGCUUUCUGAUAUUUCUCUCUCUCGUGCUUUGGUGCUUUUAUUUAGCUCAUCUAUUAUUUUAUACUUUGCUUGGGACUCUGAACUCUAUGGAAAGAAAAGAAAUUUUAGAUUACAUUUUGAAUGGAUCAAUGCUUUUGCAGCUCGCAAUCCUCGAUCUUGGAAAUAAUUCUAAUAAUGGCAUCGAAAUCUUGAUAUGGGGUUCAACUUUUGUUUACUAUUGCUUUUGUAGAGUCCUCAGCAUUACUGCAAAGCUUAGAUUUCAGAAUAAUCAUGUAAGAAAUCUAAAAGAGUUGAUUUUUAUUCCAUUAGGGCUAGCAGCGGCUUUUAUCAUUGGAACAGCUAGCAUAUUUUCCUAUGCAAGUUUCAGUUUGAUCUUACUUCUGAACUACGACGGUAUUUUGGUGUUAAAGGAAAGCCUAAUUACAUUGUAUGUGUUUAAACAUAAUUUAGCUCUGAGCCGAAAGCACGAAUUAAUUAUCCAGUUAACAGAGACUUCAAUAAAUGUGUGCAGAUGGCUUCAUUUGGUAUUCUUUUAUGCCGAGUGGUUUCUUUCAAGCUCUCUUCAAGCUUUUUUUGUCAUUAUGAAACUCCAAAAGCUUGUCUCAAAUUUAUUUACGAUCACCAAAAAAUGUUUUCAGUAUAAUACUUUUAUGAACGAUUUUAUAAAAAACUACCCUCCGCUGACUCAGGAAGAUUUAAUUAACCUUGAAGAUGAAAGAUGCUGCAUUUGUUGAGAAGGCUUAACAAAUCUCAGAUGCAGCCGUAUUACAUGUGGACAUAUCCACCACGUUGACUGCAUUAGAACCUGGGUUUUAAGUGGUGAGAAGAAGUGCCCGCUGUGCAAACAAGUAUUUUUGGAGCCUGAGACUUCCCAAAAAUGAUCGUUUUUGUCAAAUUUACUAUAA